AUAUCUAUCACCCAGCUCCUCCCCAGAACCAUCUUCCUUCUCUUCCAAAACAAAGCCCCUGACAAUAUCUCUUCUUUUGCACGUCUCGUUGAUAUUUGCUCAAGCGCUCUGCGCCGAAAAUCCCACUCACAAUGCCCUCUCCCACUGUCUACGCAAUCACUGGUGCCAACAAAGGCAUCGGCCGCGCCAUAGUCGCACUCCUCCUCAGCCGACCCUCGACCAUCAUCCUCGCUCUUGUCCGCAACCCAUCCGACCCUACCUCCAGCAGCCUGACCACCCUCGCCAAAUCACCCAGCAGCACCAUUCACGUGCUCCCCUUCGACGCGGAGGCCGACGCUAUCGCCCUCCCCUCGGGCGUCGCCCACAUCGAUGUGGUUGUCGCCAACGCCGGCGCCUCCUCCGGCUACAAGCCCGUCCUCGCGACCGGCCCAGAAGAUCUCAUUUUCGAUUUCACCGUCAACGCUGUGGGGCCCCUGAGGCUUUUCAAGGCCGCCUGGCCGCUGCUGCAAAAGGCCCCCGCCUCGCCCAGGUUCGUCCUGAUGACAAGCUCCGUUGGCAGCAUCGCCGGCCAGCAGCAGGAGAGCUUUCCCAGCACCGCAUACGGCAUGUCCAAGGCCGCCGCCAACUGGCUUCUCGUCAAGAUUGGUGUCGAGCACGGCCCGGAGGGGCUGAGCGUCAUGGCAUUGCAUCCCGGCUGGGUGAAAACUCAGAUGGGUCAAGGCAUCGCCGACUCGAUUGGCUUUCCGGAGCCCCCCACGACCACUGAGGACAGCGCUCGCGCCUGCGUAGAGCAGAUGGACAAGCUGGAAAAGGCCAACUCGGGGAGGUAUGUGACGUACACUGGCGAGGUUCUGCCUUGGUGAAACACGUCGAUUAGUCUGGCAAUCAUCGUGGGCACGCGGAUAAUGAACCAGACCUCUGGAGAUAUGAGGUCGUCAUGUACAUUGGAUGUUUUUCACUCUUGAAAAUUUGCAGCCUUCUGCUCAACAUUAGUUGGUACAAGUACUGGCUUAGAUACUUUCAACGUCAUUCAUUCAGUAAUAACCUGGGGAUUAUUUGAAACAGCAGUCUCUUUGCCAUCAAAUCCAUCAUUUGAUUCUAGUGUAGACCUAGUG